CACCAGCUGUAUUACGACCCAAACAUCGAGAACAAGAACUUGGCUCAGAAAUGGCUGAUGCAGGCACAGGUCUCCCCCCAGGCAUGGCACUUCAGCUGGAUCCUUCUCAACAUGGACAAAGUGCCCGAGAUCCAGUACUUUGGCGCCAGCGCCCUCCACAUUAAAAUCUCCCGGUACUGGAACGACAUCCCGGCCGACCAGUACGAAAGCCUCAAGUCGCAGCUCUUCACCCACAUCACCCGCUUCGCCAGCGGCUCCAAGAUUGUGCUGACCCGGCUGUGCGUGGCGCUGGCCUCCCUGGCCCUCAGCAUGAUGCCGGAGGCUUGGCCCUGCGCCGUGGCAGACAUGGUGCGCAUGUUCCAGGCAGAGGACUCCAACGUGGACGGGCGAGCGCGGUGCCUGGCGCUGCUGGAGCUGCUGACGGUGCUGCCCGAGGAGUUUCAGACCAGCCGCCUGCCGCAGUACCGCAAGGGCCAGGUACGCAGCGUCCUGGCGCAGGAGUGCAGCUCCGUCUUCCCUUUGCUGGAGCAGCUGCUGCAGCAGCAGGACUCCCCGGGUUUCAUCAAGCAGAAGGUGUUGAAGUGCUUCUCCAGCUGGGUGCAGCUGGAGAUCCCGCUGAUGGACUGCGAGAACCUGAUCCAGGCAGCUUUCACCUCCCUGCAGGACCCAGAGCUCUUUGACACAGCGGUGGAGGCUGUUGUCAAUGCCAUUUCCCAACCCGAUGCCCAAAGGUACGUGAACACCCUCCUGAAGCUCAUCCCCCCUGUGCUGGGACUUCAAGAGCAGCUACGCCAGGCGGUCCAGAGCGGGGACAUGGAGACGUCACACGGGAUCUGUCGCAUUGCUGUGGCCUUGGGGGAGAACCACUCCCGGGCUCUCCUGGACCAGGUGGAGCACUGGCAGAGCUUCCUGGCCCUGGUCAACAUGAUCAUGUUCUGCACCGGCAUCCCCGGGCACUACCCUGUCAAUGAAACCACCAGCUCCUUGACGCUCACCUUCUGGUACACGCUGCAGGACGACAUCCUCUCCUUCGAGCCUGACAAGCAGGCGGUGUACCAGCAGGUCUACAGGCCUGUCUACUUCCAGCUGGUGGAUGUCCUGCUGCACAAAGCCCAGUUCCCCUCCGAUGAGGAGUAUGGUUUCUGGUCUUCAGAUGAGAAGGAGCAGUUUCGGAUAUACAGGGUGGACAUCUCCGACACGCUGAUGUACGUGUAUGAGAUGCUGGGUGCCGAGCUCCUGAGCAGCCUCUAUGACAAACUAGGACGUCUCCUGACCAACACGGAGCAGCCAUCCACGUGGCAGCACACGGAGGCCUUGCUCUACGGCUUCCAGUCCAUUGCCGAGACCAUCGACGUGAACUACUCUGACGUGGUGCCGGGGCUGAUCGGCCUCAUUCCCCGGAUCAGCAUCAGCAACGUCCAGCUCGCCGACACCGUCAUGUUCACUAUCGGGGCCCUGUCGGAGUGGCUGGCUGAUCACCCUGUCAUGAUUAACAACGUGCUGCCGCUGGUGCUCCAAGCCUUGGGCAACCCCGAGCUCUCCAUCUCUAGCGUCUCCACCCUGAAGAAGAUCUGUCGGGAGUGCAAGUACGACCUGCCGCCCUAUGCUGCCAACAUCGUUGCUGUGUCGCAGGAGGUGUUGAUGAAGCAGAUUCACAAGACGAGCCAGUGCAUGUGGCUGAUGCAGGCUCUUGGUUUCCUGCUCUCUGCGCUGCAAGUGGAGGAGAUCCUGAAGAACCUGCACUCCCUGAUCACCCCAUACAUCCAGCAGCUGGAGAAGCUGGCUGACGAAACGCCCAAUCCCUCCAACAAGUUGGCCAUCAUCCACAUCCUGGGCCUGCUCUCCAACCUGUUCACCACUCUGGACAUCAGCCACCAUGAUGACGACCACGAAAGCAACGAGGUCAAGAAGCUGCCAGUGCAGCAAGGACCCAACCCAGUGGUGGUGGUUCUGCAGCAAGUCUUCCAGCUCAUACAGAAGGUUCUCAGCAAGUGGCUGAAUGAUGCCCAGGUGGUAGAGUCCGUCUGUGCCAUCUUUGAGAAGUCCGUGAAGACCCUCCUGGAUGAUUUUGCCCCCAUGGUGCCUCAGCUGUGUGAGAUGCUGGGGCAGAUGUACAGCACCAUCCCCCAGGCCUCUGCCAUCGACCUCACCCGGCAGCUGGUUCACAUCUUUGCCCAUGAGCCUGCCCACUUCCCUCCUAUCAAGGCCCUCUUCUUGCUCGUUACCUCAGUCACGCUGACCCUGUUCCAGCAAGGGCCCAGGGAUCAUCCUGAUAUUGUUGAUUCAUUUAUGCAACUCCUGGCACAGGCUCUGAAAAGGAAGCCGGACCUCUUCCUGUGUAGCAACCUGGAUGUCAAAGCAGUGUUUCAGUGUGGUGUCCUUUCGCUCAAGUUCCCCGAGGCCCCGACGGUCAAAGCAUCCUGCGGCUUUUUUACAGAGCUGCUGCCCCGCUGCGGAGACAUCGCUCCAGUGGGACAGGUCGUGCAUGAGAAUGGAAAAGUGCUGCUGCAAGCAGUGCUGGAGGGUGUCGGUGGCCAGGCCUCCCGCAGCCUCAUGGAUCACUUCGCAGAAAUCCUCUUUGCCUUGAACAAGCACUGCUUCAGCUACCUGAGCAUCUGGAUCAAGGAAGCCAUGCAGCAGGACGGCUUCCCCUCGGCCCGCGUCAGCCCUGAGCAGAAGGAGACCUUCAGCCAGCAGAUCCUCAGCAGAGAGCGCGUGAACAAGCGGCGAGUGAAGGAGAUGGUGAAGGAGUUCACCCUGCUGUGCCGAGGGCUGCAUGGCACGGAGUACACAGCAGACUACUGA